UGAAUCAAAUACAUACCAACACACACAAAAAAAACUAAAGACAUGAAGUCCCUGCGAUUCCUUGCUGCUGAGGGCUUCAUUCAGGCUGGUGCGAGAGCUCUGGAAAACCUCACCUGUGUGUCUUUUAACCUCUACCCGCUUCUCUUCAAGGCCUGCUACCUCCACGAGCAGGCUGAGGUGCUGCAUGCUUUGGUCCAGAUGUGGCCUCUUCCUGAACUCAACCUACAAAGACUUCUGGGAAAGACAGCCGACUGUCAGUUAGACCUCACAUCUCGCACCUGCCGGCUUUGUCUGGAAGCAAUUCUCACCGGCCUAAAGGAUUAUGUGCUGUCUCCCCCGAGAACAUAUGCCAAGAGCCUUCACACGGUGGACCUGACUGCCCUUAAGGACACUGAGCAUCAGGCCUGCCCUUGUAAAUCCACCCUGGGUCGAUGGGCAAGAACCCAGCUCCUGACAAAACUGUGCUACGAGACCAUGGUGGCCAUGCAAGAUAAGGACGUGUCCCAAUCUGCCUUUGAAACAUCUGUUGACGUCCGUCUGAACGGCUUCGUCACAGGCCGCAACUACGAGCUGGUAGCUCAGGCCUUCCUGCUCCUCCGUUACUGUCCCCUGAAGCUUCGCUUUGUUAGUUUUAGGGCGGAUUCUCUCACUCUCAAGCAGCUGUUCUAUGUUCUUCGACUAGCAGAGCCAGAGUCCAUCACAAAGCUGGAGGUGGUGCACAAUAUUCCUCUAGAGGCCUCACACCUGGAGGUGCUGCUGUCCAGGGUGGAAUUCCCCAAAUUACAGUCUCUGACCCUGCCAGCCAGCGCCCUGGAUGUCAGGAGGCUCGGCUCUGACGACGAGGAUCUGCUGGCCACCAUUGGCAACCUGCUGGCACGGCUGAGCAGCCUCACUGAGCUCUAUGUUGGUUUUUCUACUCUCACUGGACACCUACGGAGACUGCUAAAUCCUCUCAACACACCUCUACUAUGCUUGGAGUUGGCCAACUGCUGCCUGAACCGUGUGGACAUGACCUACCUGGCCAACAGUCUCCACAGUGAGACCCUGGUUCACCUUGACAUCAGUGGACACGACCUCUUUGACUCGUUCUCCACCCCUGUACACAAAUUGCUUAGCAGGAGUUCGGGAACUCUGGCGAGAUUGGCUCUCGAGGAGUGCAACAUAAAGGACGAGCACAUGGACGCCUUCACUAAUGCUCUGGCUUGCUGUCAGCAACUGGAGGAGCUCAGACUUAUGGGAAACCCUCUGACCUCUGUUGCCCUGCUUAGGUUAUUCUCCACUCUAUCUGUAGGGUUUCCCAAGUUAAGGUACAUAGAGGCACCUGUGCCCCGUGAAUGUUACGCAGAUGAUGUCACGUAUCCUCUGGACGAUUCGGUCUUGCUGCGUUACAACAGGGAGCUGUUUCAGGAGAUCAGGAUCCAGCUGAUGGCCGUCCUGGAAAGAGCAGGUAGAGAUGGGGUGGAAGUGUGCACCCCCAUCAUGGGAGCCUACGAUCCAGACAUCAAUGAAACCAGUAAUGAGCUGGGGGUGUCCAUGUUGAAAUCUUUUAACGCCGUCAUCGGCACUUUUAUAGGUACGAUAACCGAUGUGAACAACAGGAGAUCCCAGACUUGGAAAGAUGAUUGAUUUUUACUGUGACUAGUCCUGAGCUCAAAGUCUGCUGCUUCAUUCAAGCCCAACACUGUGAAAAUGGAUCCAGUAAACCAGAUUUAACUAUAGUUAAGACAGGAAUUAUGUUAGUGUCAACAAAUGCUAACUGUUUUCUUCCAGGACUUAAUUAUAUAAACUAAACAGAU